AUGGUCCAAGCACAAUCACCAUUGACGGGAAAUCAUCCCGAUAAAAAGAGUGAUAAUAAUUGCUCCUCGGCAACAGUGUCGAGGAGUGGAAAUGCUCAUCAGCAACAAGGAAGAAAUUCACAUGAACAUCUAACAGAAAUUGAUGAGGAAGUGAGGGUUUCUGGACAAGCUUUGGAAGAGUUUGAAUCGUUGGUCUCUCUGAAAAUUAAAGCUGAACAGCAACUAUUAAGUCAGAAGGGAGGAAGUAAGAAGAAAUUAUCGGAAGUUGAUGAGGAACGGAGAAGUAUAUUACUCUUACUUUUUGAAAAGUAUUUACGUGAGAAGGGUUUAAGUAAGAGUGCUGAAAUUCUUCGUAUGGAAAAACACAGAGAACAACUCGAAUUGGAGGGAUUUACGCCAGUUAAAAACCAAUUUUCUGUAUCUAAGGAACUUGAAUCGAAUGUGGAUCAAGAAUUAGUAACACAAUAUAUUGGUAAAACCGAAAAGGAAUUGGAACAAUUAUCAAUCACUGAAUUUCCUUACCAUAGAACAAUGUUUACUUCUCAUUUCGAGAAGGUUAAAAAUCCAUCAACAAAUCUAGAGUUGAAAGUCUUGAGAAGUAACUUUGAUUUGGAGAAUGUACUAUUAUCAGCUGCAAUCAAAACAAAUUCUGCAAUCAUCAAUGAAAAACUUGGAUUAAUCAAUGAAGAUACACUGGAUUUGUCAAAUCUUGAUUCAUUAGAAUUGGAAUUAUCCAAGCCUAUUCAUACUGAAACUGUAUUGAGAUAUAUUAAUGCUGCAACAUCUGACAAUUUAAAACCAAUUGAUAAGAUUUGCUUAAUGUAUCAAAAUAUGGGAAUAUCAUCAGGUCAGUUUUUCACCUGCCUUUCUUCUUGGCUGUCCUCAUCAGAUGAUAAAGUAACAGAAACAAAAGCCAAUGCCUAUCGAGCACUUAAACAUUGGCUUCAGAAGUACUACCUCUACUAUACGAAAUUUGAUCUAGAGGGAGUUCAAGCCUACACUAAACUUACAUGUACAUUAAGAACAUUCAUUAGAAGUAACGAAGGGAAAUUGAAACGUAUUUCCCAAACCCUAGGCGAUAAUUUCGAUCUUGAAAAGUUUGUUUCCCGAACAAACUCAACCUUCUCAUAUUCACAAAUGUUGACAGCAGUGGAAAGAACAAUCCAACAGAAAAUGAGUCGUUCAAGCAAACUGAUUGAAUGUAUCACUCAGAUAGAAACCAAAUCAUUUGUUUCGCAUCUCUCCUACUUGUUUGGAAGAUUGUUUUUGAGGAUUGAGCCUCAAGAAUUAUUUGGAGCCAAUUGGACAAAGAGUAGGAAAAAGUAUCAAUGUCCAAAUAUUAUUGACAAUAUUGAUUUUUUCAACACAUACUCACUAUGGUUUGCCAGUUUGAUUGUACAGGAAGAACAACUGGAAAGAAGAGUAGCUGUUUUGGAAUAUUUAAUUAACUUGGCAAUGUGCUGUGCUAAUGUGGGAAAUUAUGGAGCUCUCUAUGCUAUAGCUUCUGCCAUUAGAAAUGGAUCAGUAUUUAGAAUGAAGCAAACAUUUGAUUCAAUUAGUGAAAGCUCCAAAAAAGAAUACGAAAAAUUGCAACAAAUCAUUAGUACUGAUAUGAACUCGGCUAAUUAUACAAAACAAUUGAGGGAAACUUAUGAAAAAGCCCUAUCAGAUUUUUCAAUCUGUUGCAUUCCUAAUCUAGUUUUUGGAUCUUCAAAAGCUAUUACUCAAAUCCAUGUCCAGAUUGGUUCUGGAUAA